AUGAAUCCACCUAAAAGAAAAAAGGAGGUACAAUGUCUAACAGGGAGAGUAGCAGCAAUCAAUAGGUUCAUUUCGAGGUUCUCGAACAAGUGCCUCCCCUCCUUUGACAUCCUAAAAGGGAGCAAAAGGUUCGCUUGGGAGGAACACUACGAGAGGGCCUUUACUAAGCUGAAAGAACACCUCGGGAAACCGCCCCUACUUGCCAAACCCCUAAAGGGUGAGAAACUAUACUUGUACCUAGCAGUAUCUGAGCAUGCCAUAACUGCCGCUUUGGUCAAGGGAGAAAAGAAGCACCAACAGCCAGUGUACUACAUCAACAAACAGUUAAUAGAUGUGGAAACCCGAUACCCGGAGAUGGAGAAGUCAGUGUAUGCCUUGGUAGUGGCAUCAAGAAAGUUGUGUCCCUACUUCCAUGGUCAUGUCAUCGAGGUGAAAGGUGAGUAUCAAGCAAAAGGUCCCAAGAUAGUUGCAUACCUGAUAAGGGCGAAAGGCUAG